AAGUCUUAAUUUUAUCAGUCUGACUCCAGCCAAGCCAGAAGGAGGUUCUCUGCUCGCUCUCUCGCCAACAUCACUACCUGUUUUUUUCUGGUUAACCCCAAGAAAUGAUUAAAAAUUCUGAAAAAAUGUCGAGAACUUGUUGUUUCGGAUGCUGCACGGUGGGACAUGGAACCCUCACGAUUGGAAUUCUUCACAUUAUCUGCGCCAUCCUCUCCAUGAUCCUGAAUUCCAUUGUGAUCUAUUUCAUGAUCAACUGUCCCAACCAAAUCAUUCGUCAAGAUCCCCGUCGCUACAUCACGUUCAGUUGUAUCCAGAUCUUUAUGGCGAUCGUCUACUUGAUCUUGGCAUGCCUCAUGGUGGAUGGAUAUCGCAUGCGAAAACACCGCUUCAUCAUGCCAUGGUUGGUCUGGAACUAUGUGUCCCUUUGCCUCGGUGCUGCCGCAACUGUGAUCCUGUUCUUACUGAUGGUCGUCGCUGGACAAGUCGGUGCGGGAUUCAUUGUUCUUGCUAUUUGUGGGGUUUACCUGGCAGUGCAGACCUACUUUGUUUACGUGGUGAAAACAUUUGUCGACGGGUUAAAAGGAAGCUUGAUUUAUUAGGUUUUGGACGCAAUACUGGAUGAAAUGGUUAAAAUGGACGGACUUGAUUACUGGAUGAAAUGUUAUAAAUUUGUUUUUUACUUGCUAUGUACUUCUAUACUUCAUAUGCUAAAUUUCUUCUGGGUGGUGGGAUUUCUUUAUUAAAGUUUGGGAAACACGUAAUAUAUGUUAAUUUCAAAAAAUUUAUGUAUACUUUGAAUUGGUAUUGGAGGAUAUGUUCAUUGAGAAAAUAUUGUUUUCAAACUUUUGAAUA